CAGGACAAGAGGCCAACAUGAACAUACAGACGUUACUGAUUAAUAAAGCAACGAGAGAGUUAACGAUGCGUGUUUUUACAGGACAAGAGGCCAACAUGAACAUACAGACGUUACUGAUUAAUAAAGCGAUGAGAGAGUUAACGAUGCGUGUUUAUUACAGGACAAGAGGCAAACAUGAACAUACAGACGUUACUGACGGGCAAACAGAAGUUCUGCCGGCACUGUGAUGUGAUGGUGAGCAGCACUGGCAUCAGGAAGAAGGUCGCUGACAUGCCGUUCGUCACCAAGGAAGACCAGGAUGAAGACGAGGUGAUAUUCUGCAGUGCCAGCUGCUACAUGCAGUUUGCUAUCUCACACAGAGGAGGGUGUCUAGAAGCCAGGCAGGAGGCUGGCACGGUCAUCGAUCACGUCAGCACGGAGACGGAGACUCCACAGCGCAAGGACAAGGAAGCCCUGCGACGGAGGCUCAGCGACAGCGACAAGAAGGACGCGAAAGAGAAGGAGAGAGACCCUGAACUCGCAAAGCCUCUUGUGAAGAAGUGGAAGGGAACGAAGUACAGAGUGUGGACACCGGGCCUGCUCACUCCUGAGACGAAGUACGAUUCACCAACAGCUAAGGAAGUGGACGAGCUGCGCAUCAAGCUGGGUACGAUCAUUAGACUACCGAAGGACAACCGACCGGAGGACAGACGUCGCUGCCUGCUGUGUAAUAUGGCCGGCGAUGGCAAGAACAACGGUCCGGGCAGAGCUGCUGAAGCUGUCGACGUCGAAUAAGUGGGUACAACU